AUGGCGGAGUUGGUCCGUCCAAAGAAGACGAAACACAGGGAGCGUCCGCAGAGCAGCGAAAUUGCACCGACGAUUCCGGACCGGCCAUUGAUUGUGAACGGGUUGCGUCUGCCUGUUGUGAGCAAGAACGGGAAGAGAAACGUGUAAAACAUAAAUCGAUAUUACAGGUACCCUCGCAUAUUCUGGAACAGCGAAGGGAAAGAUCGGCGUCUCCGGAACCAGAAGAACAGUAACGAGCGGGACAUUACACAGCCCAUUUAACCUUCAUCUUUUAGAGUCUUGAGCGAUGCAGAAGAUACGGAGAUUGCAGAAAAGGAAAACGCAGAAGUUGAAGUGAUCACGAAUUCUAGAAGCAGUCCGGUACGACCUGCGCCGCCUCCCCCACGAGGAUCCCAAGAAAGAAGUGUACCUCCGAUUCCCCCUCGCUCCAUGAUCUUCCCCAGAAGUACGAGUAUGGUGGCAGAAACGACGAAAGAACCGACUCCAGUGGCUGCUCCAAAGAGGAGUGUGGCAGUGACUCCUUAUCCGGCCGUUCCCGAACUUUCCGAACUUCCUUCCUACACUGCUGCUCUCCAACAUCCACAGAUCUAUCCUGUCAUCAAUGGACGACAACUCCAGCACUCACACUCGGCAGCCGCACUUCCUGUAAGUAUAUACUGCCAAACUUACUUUUUUUAAAUUUAAAUGUAUUUAAGGAAAAGACUCGCUUCUCGGCUCCAGUCGAACGGGAACGAAUACGAGAGGGAGAAGCUCCUCCGUUGUAUCCAUCGAUUUGUACGUACGAACGGAACGAGUACGGACUCAUGACCGAGGAAAAUCUCGUCGCAUUCUACCAUAAUCCGCUUUACGAGCACGCGGACAUAUUCGUCGAUCAGUUCAUCAAAGAGGAAGAAGUUCCAACUCAAUCGGGGUCCCUAUUUCCUUUAUUGAAACGAAUGAAAGAAGUAUGCGAUUCAAUGACAGUCAGCGAAGUGAAAGGGAAGGAAAACACUGAAGAACUACAGAAAUGUUUGAGAGAAUGCUGGAAACAACAGACAUUAAGUGUAGAAGGGAAAGGAAAGUGUGGAGACAACAACGACGGAACCGGGAAAGCCACGUACUUCUCGUACGAACUGCAAAAGAAGAUGUUAGAUCAGAUGAAGAAGCUUCUGUCCACGAACAGGAGCAAUCUAAUGGACCAUACCCUGUGCGAAGAAACCACUUUUCGGUCGUUGGCAUUGCAGAUCCAGUGGCAGAUUAUCAUAAUCAACAACAAUUUCAUGGCAGAAAACGGAUUGACGAUCAACUGUCCACCGAGUUGUAAGCACUCGAAAGUCUUCAUUUCUUCAGCGUUUUUUGACUUUCAGUGGUUGCAAACUGUCCCAUGACACCGGGCCGGAUCAGUCUUCGCGCCGCUCUUUCCGAUCUUUUCUACCAUCUGAGAUAUCCGAGACUCUCGAAGCGAUUUAUUGAUACACUGAUUGGAUGGAUCAAAGAAUUGGUGAGGUUUCCAUUUUUCAUGCCUCUCACACAUGUAUCGCGACAUGUAUAUUCCAGACAUGUAUAUUGAGCAUGCGUCAGUCUUGUGACGACGGCAUCUUCAUCCUCUGCCACCUUCUCCGCCUUCCUUCUCCGAUUGAUCAUUGGGCUGCUCCAUUUGUCCAAACCUUCAUCCAGAGCCAAUCGCCUCCCGUCUUAAGUUGGAUUAUUGUGUUGCUCUUCUCACGCAUCUCCUGAAUCCAAUCAAAGCUCGCGAAUCAUUCUUCGUCACGUAGCGCAAUCUGAAAAGAAGAAUCUGCGUGGGAGAUUUGGCAGACGACGACGGCGAAGCCAACGAAUUCUCAUUCGUCACGAUCAAUGAGUCCGAUCUCACUGCGUUCCUCGACCAACUUCCCAUUUCCGAGCUUUAUUCGAUCGCCUAUCUUGCGUUCACCUCUCAUCCCGAUAAAGGAUCUCAAUUCACCGCCAUGGUCGCAUUUCAGCUCUUGCUAAUGAAGAUUCUCGAUAAUGGUUUGACAAGUUACGCUAAACCGGGAUACAAAGUGUUUUGUAAGCAAAUCGGAAUAAGUCUCAAGUGAGUUUCAUCUUGAAAUCGAUAAACAAAUCUUUGAUUAUUUCCUCAGGCACAGCGUCCGAGAGUUAUGCUCCAACUGGCGCCUGACCAAAGAUCAAGUACGUCCCGGAGACGAAGAGCAUCUGCAGAAAGAAGUGGAUCGCAUCGUACUUCUCGCUCUCAACUAUCUCAUUCAUCGUGACAGCGUCGGUCUCUUCCAAUUCGUCGUCGCUCUUCCGUACGGCGUCGUCUCCGAAGAGUGUCGAAAUCGGUGCGAGUACGCCCUCAGAUCGAACCAGAAAAUGUCCAUCCACGAGAUCUACGAGGCACCAAUCUGUGAAGUACAGGCCAGAAUCCGCAGUCGUGAGUUCCUUGAAACAAGAAUUGGCUAAUAAAAUAGAACAUUGAGUUUCCAGAGGGAAUUGUGAAAAGGAUCGAAAGUCUCGGCGCACAAGAUGCAGAGUUUUUAGUCAACUCGUUAGCAUCCAUCGGAUCUUACUCGAAUUCAGAUGUAGGACAACUUCUGAAGGAACUUGUAGAUGUGAGAGAGAGAGAAAUAAUGGUGUGGAGCAAAUGCAUGUGAUUUAGGUGUGCUUUUGCGAUGAAGCGACUCGCAAUGAGUUCUACAAGUGUGGAGGGGAAGCAAUCGCACAGAUUCUGACGAAACGGCCGGACACUCUUCAUCAGUUGCUGACUGUCGUCGAUCGGAAUCUUCAGCACAUGGACACCUACGCCAUCAACGUGCUCUCCUCGUCCCGACUUUUCGAAUGUCGUCUCACAGAAUCGAUGAUCAGUAUCAUCGGAAAGUGGCUCAUAAACAAUCCGCCGGAGCACGGAGCCAAUCGACUUGCUCGUCGAGUUCUCUCCAGUUUGCAUUGGGGAUUGGCAGCCGACGGACAGAAUCUGUGGAUAGACGUGGACGUGCAUGCGCUCGCCGCGGAUACAGUCGUCAAAGCACAUUCUGUGCAUUGCUCCCGAUCAAAUAACAUGAUAUCCAAAUCAAUAAAACAGAUAUCAAAACUUGCUUCAAAAGUCGGAGACGCUGAGUCAGUCUUUCAGCAAUUCUGUUGGGACCUGCUUGUGAAGUUGAAACUUCCAACGGUGCCAGCGACACUGGUGCAAAUGAUUUGACUGCACAUUAUGUAAGGAUAGUGCAGAUGUACGAAGAGGACGUCGUGGUGUACCUGGAGAAGGGCGUCCCUUUGCUGUCGGACCUCGUGUCUUCCGGCAGUUCUGUCGCCUGCGUCGUUCUACUUUCCCGUCUCAUUGCACAGCAUUACAACCGUGUCAAUUUGAUGGUGGCUGACAAGAAGUGAGUGUAAUGUCCAUUUCUUUCCUUUUACGGUUUUUUUUUAGCUUCAUGGCCACCUUCGAACGUCUUCUGCACAUUGACCAACUGCCCUACGCUGUCCAAUGGAUGAGUGGUCCUUCCUCGACCCCGACUCCGAUCGUUCGUCUCAUAUGCUCGGCCCUCUCGUACUACUCCGCAAAGUUGCCACCUCGAGAUUAUCUUCGUGCCUGGAUAACUCUUUUGUGUUCGGCUAGAAGUGGAUGGAAUGAAGAUGCAGUCACCUACCAGAUUGUGGGAACUAUUGCCAGGAUCGCAUUUGUCAAUGACACCCAAAACCAGUUUGAAAUCUCUUCUAUAAUCUUUCAAGCUUAUCAGGUGAGCUAUCAAUUCGUGUUUAAUGGGAUUCAUCAGUACAACAUUUCAGCAACAAAUGGCAGCCGAGAAGAACCAAUCGAAAGGUCUCUUUUCCGUUUUCUCCUCAGACAACACAGUUUCUCCACUCAUUCCCGAUUCGAUGCUCGGAAUCUCUCCGUUUGCAUCUUACCUGAUGCUUCGAGUUGAACAAAAUCGUUCAACACUUUCUACGGACACUUUUUCGAAGCGCUCGCCAAAAAAGACAAGUACACGCUGAACGACGCGGUGAAGAAGGCUGCUUCAAAGUGUUCGACAACGAUUCCAGUCGAGAGAAUCGCAGUGUUUCGAUGGGCGAAACUGGUGUCUCUGUGCAAGGACAGCCAGCUUCUCCCCAUUCUUCUGCAGCAGCUGGCAGGCUCGGCGUACCGUUUGCGGAAAGGAAACAACCAUAACUUGUGCUAUGCACGUCGUCUGAUUGACGAUGCGCAAGUGCAGGACAUCAUGACGGGCAGCCGGAAAGCGAUUGAAGAGACGAGUGUGGAAACGAAGGGACUGGCGAAAGCAGUCGUCGGAUGGCUGUUCACUAAGCACGAAGUCACUCGGACUGGCUUCGAUUUCUCCGUGUUCGACCUCGACUACCUGCUUCAACUGAUUCUCUCCGGCGACAAAAACAUGUGGCUCGAUUUUGUGAACAUGCCGCAGCUCUCGUCGGAAGAGUUCACAGAACAGAAACUGUACUCCGUGACGUGUCAGCUUGCUCCGAAGAAUCGAAACUCUCCUCUACCACCGGAUCUUGGAUCUCCGCGUGGAAAUCGGGCAGCCGCCAAACCAUUCGUUGUUCUGCCGGCACAUUCCGGACUCCCCCAAGCACCUCUCGUCGAUCCAUCAGUGCUUUUCCAGCAACACGCAGUCAUGCAAAUGGCCACGCCUUUCAUAAAAAUCAUAAAAACCUUGGCUCAGUAAGAGAUUUAUUUAUUUUCUAUUUGACUUACUGUUCUCUUUCAGGCAAUACACUCAAUGCGGAGACAAAAUGACUAUGGACGACGAGGCGUACUGCAAACUGAUCACGGCUCUGUACCAGCCGACACAGCAGACCGUUCCCGUUGAGAUUAGGUGCUCGUACUGCUCCAAACCGAAAGCGUGUACAAUGAGUGUGCAAACAAUGUGCUGAACGGAGAGACCGAUGCUCAAAUGAGCUUGAAUCGGAACAAACGGAUAGAGUUCUGGAAUGAGCUGAACGCUUCUCUGAUGGACAAAGCAGCCGUGGCCACUGCGAGUGUGGAACAUCUCGCUCGGACGAUUGCCAGCAUGGCGGCAACACUUCAGCCAGCCAGCAGAAACAACGUGCAACUGACAGGAAGGUCCUUCUUCUACCUCAUCACUUCUUCGAUUGGAGAGAACGAACUGUUGUUCUACGUCGCGUCCCAAGCCUUCAGUCAAUCUCUUCGGGCACUCGGAGAGGUGAAUUAUCUUUUCCCGACUCUUCUUCAGUUUCAUCAUAUUCCAGGAAUUUGUCAAAUUUCGUCCGGAAGAGCAAAUGGACGUGAUGCAACUGGCAUUAGAGGGAUUCGUGCUUUCCGAACCGCUCGUUGAGGUCAGGCUAAUUAACAUUCCCAUUUAUAUAGAAACGCGCGGUAUUAGCGACGCGGAAACCCAUUUGAUUCUUUUAGGUCUUCACCCCGGAAGUGCUCAAUUCCGACGAUUUGUGCACAGCGUACAGGCGACUGUCUAACGCAGUGAGAAUGCCGGAACGAAGCAAAAUGGCCCUGCAGCUUUUAG